ACCAGUCACUAGUCCAUUUUGUCUCCCCAAAAUAACGGAAUUGAACUGAACUGAGCGGACAAUUGCUGCUUGGGAUAAAGUCGACAGCCACAGUAAUUGAAACGGCAACAGCAAGAGAUCUCUCAAAAUGUACGGAAAAGUAAUUCUUUCAAUCGUAUUCAUCUUUCUCUUAAUCUUCUCCUACUCCAUAUUCAUCGGCACCGUUGAUAUCAGAUCAUACUUCUUUCCUCUUCUGCAACAGUCACCUACCGCUGCACGCUCGGUCUGUGCAACACCACCACUUAAGGUCUACAUGUAUGAACUUCCACGAAAAUUUAACGUCGGAAUGAUGGAUCACCGGGAAAAUGAUAAUGAAUCGGUGACUGCGGAGAAUUUGCCACGGUGGCCGAAGAAUUCAGGGGUGAGGCAGCAGCACAGUGUUGAGUAUUGGUUAAUGGCUUCACUUUUGCAUGGUGAUGGAGAGGACAGAGAGGCAGUUAGGGUCUUGGAUCCGGAGGAGGCACAUGCUUUCUUUGUGCCAUUUUUCUCUUCUUUGAGCUUCAAUACUCACGGGCAUAACAUGACCGAUCCGGAGACCGAGAAGGAUCGCCAAUUGCAGGUUGAUGUAGUAGAUAUGUUGUAUAAAUCUAAGUACUGGCAGAAGUCUGGAGGUCGAGACCAUGUGAUUCCAAUGACACACCCAAAUGCUUUUAGAUUUCUCCGACAACAGUUGAAUGCAUCUAUUCUUAUAGUUGCAGAUUUUGGCCGGUAUCCCAAAUCCAUGUCAACGCUGAGGAAAGAUGUGGUGUCCCCAUAUGUACAUGUUGUUGAAUCUUUUACAGAUGAUGAACUUUCAGAUCCAUUUGAAUCUCGCACUACGCUUCUUUUUUUCCGAGGGAAUACAGUCAGGAAAGAUGAAGGCAAAGUCCGUGCUAAACUGGCAAAGAUAUUAGUGGGUUACCAUGAUGUUCAUUUUGAACGAAGCUCACCCACAACAGAAACAAUAAAAGCGUCAACUCAAGGGAUGCGGUCAUCAAAGUUCUGUCUACAUCCUGCAGGAGACACUCCAUCUUCAUGCCGGCUAUUCGAUGCUAUUGUUAGUCAUUGUGUUCCUGUCAUUGUCAGUGAUCAAAUUGAGCUCCCUUUUGAGGACGAAAUUGAUUAUCGUCAAUUCUCAGUUUUCUUCUCUGUCAAUGAGGCAAUUCAACCAGGUUACAUGGUUGAUCAACUACGGCAAUUUCCAAGGGAAAGAUGGGUUGAAAUGUGGAGACGGCUGAAGAACAUAUCCCAUCAUUUUGAAUUUCAAUACCCACCAGAAAAGGAAGACGCUGUGAACAUGCUAUGGAGACAGGUAAAGCACAAGCUUCCUGAGGUACAACUUGCUGUACAUAGAAGUCGGAGGUUGAAAAUUCCAGAUUGGUGGCAGAGAAGAAAAUGACUUUGGACUUUGCUUACAUGAUACUGUACAUUCAUGAUUUUUUCAUCACUCUGUAGAGAAUAGUUCUUUGUUUCUGAAGGAAUAAUCAGAGGCAGUUACAAGUUACAAACAGCGGCAUCCCCAUCAGACGGCUUUAGAGUUAGUAUAACAUAGUCUUCAGCAAUACAUCACAGAGAUUCUUUCUUUCUUUUUAUUUUUUUAUUUUUUUAUUUUUUUAUUUUUUUAUUUUUUGACAGUGAAGAGUCAUCUGCAUCAGGUUAGCCAACUGGUUUUUUUCUUUAACAUUUUGCAGAAGUGAGUUUUUGAUAAUGUAACGAUACACGGCUGUAUCAAGAGUUCAUUACGGUGGAGUAAUUGUUUCUUUUGAA